AUGGAAGAAAAAAGAAAAGAUCAAAACAAGAAGAGGCUUGACCUUGAAGAUUCUCAUCCUCUUGAUGAAUUUUUAGAAUUAUGGUUUAAUUUUAAUUUAGAUAAUUCAUCAUCAUCAUCAUCAUCUUCAUCCUCAUCAUCAUCCUCAUCAUCGACAACAACAACAACAACUACUACAUCAGAACUAUCAUCUAUAUCGACAUCAUUAAAUAGUAUUAGGACCAAUAAAAAGGAAAGAAUAUAUAAAUUAGAUUAUGAAGUUUAUGACUCAUUUAAAUCUCAAUUUACAAUACCAGAAUGGCCAUCUUAUGAAAUUGAGGAUAUAGAUUUAUUCACAAGUGGAAAUGAUGGUGAAUAUCAAGACUAUAUAGAAAAUGAAUAUAAUUCUUUUGAUCAAAAUAGUUAUUUAGAAUAUAAAAAGAAAUAUAAAAAUAAUGAAUUUGAAAAUAGUAUUGGUAAUAGUAAUAAUUAUUAUAAUAGAAAUAGUAGUAAUAAUAAUAAUAAUAAUAAUAAUAAUAAUAAUAAUAAUAAUAAUAAUAAUAAUAAUAAUAAUAAUAAUAAUAAUAAUAAUAAUAAUAAUAAUGAAGACAGUGGUAAUUUUAUGAAUAGUAUAUUAAAUUAUUGUUUUUAUGAACAUAAAAAUCAUUUCAAUUUUAUAAAGAAUAAUAGGAAUAAUCAUUAUCCAUAUAAUACUAGUGGUUAUUUAAACAAUCGUGUCGAUAAUUAUCAACCUUAUUCCCCAAAAACAACAAGUGAUUCUCAUAAAUUACAAGAGUAUUUCAAUAAAAUAGAUUAUAUGAAUAAAAAUGGAAUUAGUGUUGUUGAUAUUUGCGCAAAAUCAAAAUCAUUCGAAAUUCCUAAUAUUUGUGGCGCUGAUGGUGGUGAUAGUGACAGAAUGGAUAUUGAUACCAACAAUUCUCUCAAAAAUGAAAACAAGCAAAAUGAUAGUCAUAGAGGAAAAAGUAGAAAAAGAAGAAGUUCAAGUAGAGGUGAAUCUGAACACUCUAGAUAUUAUCGAGAUUCUAGUAGGGAUGCCAAGGAUAGAGACAGUAGAGAUCAUAGAGACAAUAGAGAUCAUAGAGAUAGCAGGGAUCAUAGAGAUAGAAGAGAUAGUAGAGAUCAUAGAGAUAGUAGGGAUUACAGGGAUCACAGAGAUAGUAGAGAUUAUAGAGAUAGUAGAGAUAGCAGAGACAGUAGAGAUAGUAGAGAUAGAGAAAGUAGAGACAGUAGGGACCAUAGAGAAAGUAGAGACAGUAGGGACCAUAGAGAAAGUAGAGAUAGUAGGGAAUAUAGAGAGAGUAGGGAUCACCGAGAUCAUAGUAGAGAUAGUAGAGAUCAAUACCGAGAUAAAGAUCACCGAGAUUCUUCUGAUGGUAGAGAUCAUAGAAAUAGGGAUGAUAAAUAUCAAAUCGAUAAAAGAGAUAAUCAACAUCACAAUGAAAGAAAUGAUAGUAGAAAUGAUAGGAAUGAUAAAAAUGAUAAAAAUGAUAAAAACGAUAAAAAUGAUAAAAAUCAAGAGAAAUAUAGCGAAAGAUAUCACAAUGAAAGAGAUUCAAGAGAUAAUGAAAAGGAUUUCUAUAGAAGUAAAGAAACUAUGGUCAAUAAUGAUAAUAGAAGCUCAAGUAAUAGAAGCAGCAAUCGGCAUUAA